GGGCCGGCCGGGGAGCGAGAGGGAAACUUUCCUCACGGAGCCCUUCUCCGCCGGGGCUCCGGCCGCUUUCCCGCGGCCAUGUUGGGAGCUGGGGGCUGCCUGGCGGAGAUGGAGCUCCUCCGGCGAGAGGCGGCGUCGAGCUCCGCUGUCCCGCCGCGGGGCUGGGGCAGCGCCGCGUCCCGCCGGGAGGGAGGGAGGCAGCGGGGUGGGAAGGACCCGGGGAAGGAAGCGGCGGUGGUGGGCGCUGGCUUGUCCCAGGGCGUUGAGGGACUUGGGGGGCCUCGGAAGCGACUUUGACUUCGGGAAGGGGGAGAAACAGCGGCGGCGGCCCCGCGGCGUUACGAUACUUGUGAAAGAUGGUGGAUCGCUUGGCAAACAGUGAGGCAAAUACUAGAAGAAUAAGUAUAGUGGAAAACUGCUUUGGAGCAGCUGGUCAACCUCUGACUAUUCCUGGUCGUGUUCUCAUUGGAGAGGGAGUACUAACAAAGCUGUGUAGGAAGAAGCCCAAAGCAAGGCAGUUCUUUCUGUUCAAUGACAUUCUCGUUUAUGGUAACAUUGUCAUCCAGAAGAAGAAAUACAAUAAGCAGCACAUAAUCCCGCUGGAAAACGUCACUAUUGAUUCCAUCCAGGAUGAGGGAGACUUACGGAACGGGUGGCUCAUCAAGACACCCACAAAGUCUUUUGCAGUUUACGCUGCCACUGCUACAGAGAAGUCUGAGUGGAUGAAUCACAUAAAUAAGUGUGUUUCUGAUUUGCUUUCCAAAAGUGGGAAGACUCCUAGCAAUGAACAUGCAGCUGUCUGGGUACCGGACUCGGAAGCCACGGUGUGCAUGCGCUGUCAGAAGGCAAAAUUUACGCCCGUCAACCGUCGUCAUCACUGUCGCAAGUGUGGCUUUGUUGUGUGUGGGCCUUGCUCUGAAAAGAGGUUUCUUCUCCCGAGCCAGUCUUCCAAGCCAGUGAGAAUCUGCGACUUCUGCUAUGAUCUUCUUUCUACUGGGGAGAUGACUGCAUGUCAAUCCGCUAGAUCAGACUCCUACAGCCAGUCACCUAAGUCAUCUUUAAACGAUGUAUCUGAUGAUGAUGAUGAUGAAGACAGUAGUGAUUAAGGACAAAACGUUUUUUCCAUGUGUUGCAAGUUGUUUCAAACCAUAUGGAGCUGCUUUUGGGGGAGUCUGUAGUGAGGUUCCUCAGAAAAAUCCUGUUCUAGCCAUAAAAUAUGCCUGAAUAUCUUCGAUUGCGAUGUGCCUCAAUCUAUGAAUUCUCUAGACAAUAGUUGUUUUUUUUCUCCUCUGCAGGGAUAGACUGGUGCAAAUGUUAUCAGAAUAUUUUCCAACCUCAUAUACUUGAGUUGUGUCUAGGUUAGGCUUUUGUGGAAGACCGGAGAAUAAAAUGUACUUUCUUAAUUUGACAACCCAUACUUUCUAAUGUUUCAUAUUAAUAUGUUAUGUGGAGGUUUUUUGGAUAUGGGAAGGAAAACUGUGAGCAUGCAUGGGAUGGUGAUGUUUUCGUUAAUCCUGUAGACUAUGUUGUUUUUCUAGCCGUGGUAUAUAAUAAGUUGAAAGGUGAUGUAAUUUACAAACCUAAAUGUCACAAAACUUGGAAACUCUUGUUUUGCUCUUGCUUAUGACUUCCUAUGCCAAACAGUGCCUUGUAUCAAUUGUGCUGAUUCAGGAAGAAACAAACCUAUUUUAUGUCGCCUAGUGCUGGUAUCUGAGAGAUUGUUGGUGCUAUUGAAAAUAACUGCUGUGUUCAAAGUGGAGCUUUGAUAAGGUCAUAACUGUACCUCGUGGUGGGUGAUGGAGACCCAAAUCACAUGUCCUCACCUGUGCAGUCAGACCCGAAGACUCUGCAGGUUCCCACAGGCUUCAGCAGGGUUCUCCUUGCAGAAGUUGUGUUGUGGGUCAGGAUCUUGAGAUGAGAAGCUUAGGGAGACUCUUUGUGGGGAUUUACACAUUUUCUUUUCAGAACAGUUACUAAGUUUCAAAUUUGGCAAAUGCAUACUGAAAUUUUAGUUGGGUGAUACAGCAUUUGGAUGUGAUAGCCUGUAUAUUUUUGGAAAUAAUUCCCAAAAAUGACACUAGAUUUUUUCUUAAAACAUUGGUGAGAAGAUUGCGUUUUUUUCUCCCCAGGAAUUUUAUUGGCUCAUUUAAAAAUAACCUCAUAUUUUCAACAAAAAGUCUGCAAGUAUCCUUAUAAAACUGGCUUUCCUUUUUACACAGCUGACCUCAGGAUAAAUGUGAGAUGCAAGUUAUUUCAUUCUAAAUGUAUACCCAGGACCAAGAAAGAUGUAUUUAAGGACUGUAAUGGAAUCAUCAGUGCAGAAAAUGUCUCUAUCAUAGUAUUCAUUUUUAUUUCUUGAGUACCGAAGCAUCAUGUUCCCAUAUAAAUGUAAAAGUUAGACUUGUAAAGACACGUUAAACCCCCAAAUAUUUGUUUCUGUAUUUUUAUACUGAUAGCAUCAAUUUUGAAGCAGAAAGACCUCUUUGAAAUAGUUGUAUAAAUAUAGUAGCAACUGACUUUAUACAAAAAAUGUUAAAGUUUUGUAUCUCUGAAUGACAAUUUCUGCACUGUUUGCCUUGGUUGGCAAUAAUUGGGUUAAAUAUUUAUUGAAUAAACAAUCAAUGCUGCAUGUUGCACUAGUCUCCCAUUCUGUAUGCUGAAAGUGUCAGUCAUAUUUUUUAAUAAAAAUUAGCAGAGCACUUCAAAGCUGAACCCCUCCAUGAGAUUUCUGGUAGCUAAAGAUACACUUAGCAUCUUUAGAGAGGCACUCUACAUUCAUAGUUUGCAAGACAUUGCUUCAGGUGAAAAUUGCAUUAAUAUUUCUAGCUUAGACAAUUUCUAAAAAUAAGGCUUUUUAUAAAAGCACUGAAGAGUAUUUGUUCUACUUGGAAAUAAAUACACAAAGGGGAAAACACUUUCUGAUGCAGACUUGGGACCAGGAAGAUUCUGUAAAAUUGCUAGAUUAUAUGUAUUGAAAGGCUAGCUGAAAUAUGCAUACUUUUUUCUUGAAAGAAGGGGGAAUGGUGACCUGCAGCAGGGAAAAAUGGGCUAUUCUGAGAAUGCACUUUGAGUUAAUAGUGCUUACUUUUUGUACCUCUCAAUAUUUCUAUUUCAGGAGUGGAGACCUGUCAGCUUCAGUUUUUCUAGAGAAUCAAAGUACAAACCUCCCUUGUACAUACCUUCUAAUGACUAACAAUCAUUUUCUUCGUGAUGCAAUUGUUUCCUCUUUCUUAAGCUGUCAAAUAUUAACUUGUCUUGUUAACGAGUCCAUCUCCUUGUUUACUUUCCCCUUUGUUUCCAUACCUUAUGCUUAUCUUCAGCACCUUUCUCACCCCUAAAAGGGUUGCUGAGAGUUAGAUCACAUCCUGUAUUUUUUGAGAAUGUAUUUGUACCUACUUCAGAUAUCUUUUUAUCUGUGAAUGAAACUUGCACUGUGCUGCACUGAUCCCUGAAGCUGUAACCAAACCAAUGACUGUGUCGAAUUUUUCAUCUGAAAUUGAUGUAUAUGGUUAGAGCUUUUUUAAAAAGCAUUAAAAAAAGGUGUUUAAUGGUAAUACUCCUAUUCCUCAGUAAUACUUGUUUAAAACUUUACAAAAUGGACUUAACAUUGACUUCUCUUGUAGUUAAAAAUUCCUGAAAGGGCUCAUUUCGUACUUUGUAAUCUUGUUCUGUCAAAUUAUUUUAUUUACAAAUAUAUGGUGUAGCUUCAA